GCCCCCGGGCAGCUGAGCCUGGAGGAGCUGCUGGAGAUGACCGACGACCAGGUCUGUGAGACCGUGGAGAAGUUUGGGGCCAACAGCGAGGAGUGCGCCCGCCUGAACGCCUCCCUCUCCUGCCUCCGCAGCGUCCACAAGUCCGGUGGCAGCCUCUCCAAGCAGGAUUGGACCAUCCAGUGGCCCACAACGGAGCCGGGGAAGGAGAACAGCCCCGGGUGCCAGCUGGAGCCAGGGCAGUGGGGCAGGACGCACCCCUCGCAGAGCCCCAAGGUCCAACCCAAGUGUGGGCAGCAUCACUGCCACGCGGGCUCGCCCCACGGACCCAUGUACACCCACGUGGACCGGCUGACUGUGGAGGGGCACCCGGGGCUGUGCCCACCCCGGGAGGCCGGGCAGCGAGUCAAGAAGAAGAACAAGCCCUUGAACCUCAAGAUCCAUAACAGCGUGGGAAGCUGCGAGAACAUCCCUGCGCAGCGCUCCCCGCUCCUCUCCGAGCGCUCCCUGCGCUCCUUCUUCGUGGGGUACCCGCCUUUCCUCCCCUCCACCCCUCCUGUCCACACCGAAGCCACCUUCUCAGCAAAUACGCUGUCAGUGCCUCGCUGGUCCCCGCAGAUCCCCCGUCGAGAUCUAGGAAACUCGAUAAAACACAGGUUUUCCACCAAGUACUGGAUGUCUCAGACCUGCACCGUCUGCGGGAAGGGAAUGUUGUUUGGCUUAAAAUGCAAAAACUGCAAGCUCAAGUGCCACAACAAAUGCACCAAAGAGGCCCCUCCGUGUCACCUGCUGAUCAUCCACCGUGGAGAUCCAGCAAGGUUAGUCCGGACAGAGUCGGUGCCCUGCGAUAUCAACAACCCCUUGAGGAAACCCCCCAGGUAUUCGGACCUGCACGUCAGCCAGACGCUCCCCAAAACCAACAAACUCAACAAGGACCACAUCCCGGUGCCCUACCAGCCAGACUCCAGCAGCAACCCCUCCUCCACCACCUCCUCCACACCCUCCUCGCCGGCCCCGCCGCUGCCGCCCAGCGCGACGCCCCCAUCCCCCCUGCACCCCUCCCCGCAGUGCCCGCGCCAGCAGAAGCAGUUCAACUUGCCAGCUUCCCAUUACUACAAGUACAAGCAGCAGUUCAUUUUCCCGGACGUGGUACCUGAGACGCCGACCCGAGCCCCGCAGGUGGUCCUCCACCCUGUCAACUCCAACCCCAUCCUGGAAGGAAACCCAUUGCUUCAAAUUGAAGUGGAGCCCACCUCGGAGAAUGAGGAAGGCACUGAGGAGGCGCAGGAGUCCGAGGAUGACUUUGAAGAGAUGAACCUCUCGCUCCUCUCCGCACGCAACUUCCCCCGCAAGGCCAGCCAGACCAGCAUCUUCCUCCAGGAGUGGGACAUCCCCUUCGAGCAGCUCGAGAUUGGCGAGCUCAUCGGCAAGGGCCGCUUCGGGCAGGUCUUUCACGGGCGCUGGCACGGGGAGGUGGCCAUCCGCCUCAUCGACAUCGAGCGGGACAACGAGGACCAGCUGAAGGCCUUCAAGAGGGAGGUGAUGGCGUACCGGCAGACCCGGCACGAGAACGUGGUGCUCUUCAUGGGAGCUUGCAUGAGUCCUCCCCACCUUGCCAUCAUCACCAGCCUGUGUAAAGGACGGACUCUCUACUCGGUGGUGAGAGAUGCCAAAAUUGUCCUGGAUGUCAACAAGACGAGGCAGAUAGCGCAAGAAAUUGUGAAGGGAAUGGGCUAUCUGCAUGCCAAGGGGAUACUUCACAAAGACCUCAAGUCAAAAAAUGUUUUCUACGACAACGGGAAGGUGGUGAUCACAGACUUCGGCCUCUUCAGCAUCUCGGGAGUUCUCCAAGCGGGCAGGCGGGAGAACAAGCUGCGGAUCCAGAACGGCUGGUUGUGCCACCUCGCCCCCGAGAUCAUCCGCCAGCUCUCGCCGGAUACCGAGGAGGACAAGCUGCCCUUCUCCAAGCACUCGGAUGUCUUUGCACUGGGCACGAUCUGGUACGAGUUGCACGCACGGGAAUGGCCCUUCAAGACGCAGCCAGCGGAGGCAAUAAUCUGGCAGGUGGGAAGAGGGAUGAAGCCAAACCUCAGCCAGAUCGGGAUGGGCAAGGAGAUCUCGGACAUCCUCCUCUUCUGCUGGGCCUACGAGCAAGAGGAGAGACCCACCUUCACCAAGCUCAUGGACAUGCUGGAGAAACUGCCAAAGCGCAACCGUCGCCUUUCCCACCCUGGACACUUCUGGAAGUCGGCGGAGUAA